UUUAAUUAUUGCUCUUAAAGUUCCAAGACAAAACCUCCACCUCCGCCACAGCCACAGCCACUCUCUCCAACACUUGCUUAAAUAAAUUCCAAAAAAAAAAAAAAAAGAGAAAAAAGUACCUUCCUUCACUUUCAUGGAUAAUUCACCGUCCAUUUUCUUUGCUCCUCAACCUCCACCAUUUCCUGGUCCUCCUAGAAAAGUCGAUUUAUCCCCUCUCGAAUUCAUUCUUGCUCUGAUUGCAGUCAUCACCAUUCCCGCCUUGAUCUACACCUUCUAUUUCUCUAUCAAGUGCCCGCCCAGCCCUUUUCGGAGUCGCCGGAGCCGGAGCCAAAGUGGCUUCGAGGAAUUUUCCACCGGCGGCGGAGAGAAUCCAACUGAGAGUAAAGAAGUGGUUUCCGAUCUUAAAUAUCAAAAAGAGACUCACGUAAAAGAUAUUGGAAGCGAGUGUCCUGUUUGUUUGUCUGUUUUUAACGACGGAGAAGAAGUGAAGCAAUUAAGCGCCUGUAAACAUAGCUUUCAUCUUGAUUGUAUUAAUUUGUGGCUUAAUUCUCAUUCUAAUUGUCCCGUCUGUCGAGCUUCUGUUCCUCCUGUUAAACGUUCCACUACAAGAACAACGACGUCGUCUUCUUCGACUAGAGAUAAUGAUCUCCAUCAAGGUCUGCCUGAUGCGGGUAAUUUGGUCUGAUAAGAUCUAGCUAGCUAGAUUUUUGUUUAAUUUUGGUCUUUGUUCAACUCGAAUCUUUUCUUUGUUCUUUUAAGGUAAAUGAAUUUUGAAGAUGAAAAUUAAUUGCAUCUGCAACAAACCAAGUCUUAGGUUAGAUUAGAUUUCAAAGAAUUUUGCCCAAUUGAAUGUCUUCAAGUUGAAGAAGAUGUACUGCUCAAAAAAAAAAAAAGUUGAAGAAGAUGAAGAUGAACCUUAAUUAGGGUAUAAUUACUUUAACUUUGUAGCAUUUUUCUCAUUAAUUAAUCGUGAUAAAAUACUAAUUAGCACCAGUCACUACGCUAAUUAAUUAAUCCUUCAUUCCAGAAUUUGCCCUAGUAUAUGCAUUGUAAAAGGUUUGAAAGAAAAUUCUAUAUACUUGAAUA